AUGGAGGAUCAAGAUGUCUGGGAGGUAGUCGAGCUAGCGACCAGUGCAGUUGUCGACGAGAAGAAAGACAAGAAGGCGAGGUCGCAUCUCUUCCAAGUGCUCCCAGAGGAUCUACUGAUGCAGGUGGCAAGGAAGAAAACUGCAAAGGAUGUCUGGGCCUGUCUCAAGACAAGGUUUGUAGGCGUGGAUCACAUCAAGAACAUGCGGGUGCAAACAUUGAAGGGAGACUUCAACACUAUGCACAUGCAGGAGGGAGAGAUGCUGGACCAGUACGCUGGAAAGCUCAACGUCAUGUCUGUCAGGUACACAAACACAAAUCUGGGGGAGACACUCGAUGACACUGCAGUGGUUAAAAAACUAUUCGACACCGUGCCAUAUCGACUCCUGAGUCUGAUCGCCGGGAUCGAGCAAUUCUAUGACCAUGACAAGUUGCCUUUUGAAGAAACCGUGGGGCGGCUAAAGGCGUUUGAAGAACGUGCUCACCCACAUGCAUUUGGCAACAACAAUAAUGGCGACGACAAGCUUCUACUCACUCAGGACGAGUGGCAAGCGCGGCAGAAUAAGGACGGCAGUGAUUCCUCGUCAGGCAACAAGGGCAAAUACCACUCUUCUGCAGAUAGCAAUCGCGGUUGGGGUGGUCAUGGAUGCGGCAGAGGUCAUGGCAGAGGUUAUUGUGGUUGUCGGAGGUGUCGGAGGAGAUGGUACCAGGACUGCAGUGAAGGCUGGAAGGCCAUGUUGCUAAAUGAGGAGAAGUUAAAGCCGAAACUGCAUGACACAACAGAGAGAGGCUCCAGCUCUAAGGUCUACUACCUGGACAAUGAGGCCAGUAAUCACAUGACUGGUGACAAAGAGAAGUUUAGAGAGCUGGACGAAGGUGUCACUGGCAAGGUGAAGUUCGGGGAUGACUCCACGCUACAGAUCAUGGGGUUAGGGUCUGUCGUGUUCAGCUGCAAGAACGGCGAUCAAUGA